CAGCGGUACUGCAGGCGGAAGUGCUGCACCUGUUGAUGCAAAAGUCUGUUCCUCCUCCGAUAAACUUUGACAGCUCACCUGUUCCAGGUGGAACCAUCGAACCGAGGAUUGCUUAGAAGGUUCUGGAAGCUCUGCGGUGGUUCGACUGAUUGUCCGGGAAGGAGUCUGGGUUUAUGGAUAAACUGAAGCAGGUUCUGAGCGGCCAGGAGGGAGGCAGCAGCUCGGAUGGGAGCGGCAUUCUGGAGACAGCCAAUCAGGCGUCCUCGCUGGCCUGGGGGACCAGGAUGAAGGGCUUCCUGAUCUGCUUCGUUCUGGGGAUCCUGUGCUCCAUCCUGGGAACCUGCCUGCUGUGGAUCCCGGGUUUCGGGCUGCCGGUCUUCGCCGUGCUCUACACAAUCGGGAACCUCUGCGCUCUGGCCAGCACCAUGUUCCUGGUGGGUCCGUUACGGCAGCUGAAGAACAUGUGCGCCAAAGUGCGAGCGCUCGCCACCGCCAUCAUGCUGAUCUGCCUGGUUCUGACUCUCUGCGCGGCGUUCUGGUGGAAGAACAAUGGAUUGGCCCUGCUGUUCUGCGUUCUGCAGUUCCUGGCCUUCACCUGGUACGGCCUCUCCUACGUCCCCUUCGCCAGGGACGCCGUCCUCAAGCUCUUCUCGCUCUGCAUGUAGAGUCAGCAGCUGCCCGACCAAUCAGGACGCAGGAUGCUGCGUCCAAUCAGGAAGGUCCAAUCGUCACAUGACUGCUUUCAUUUAUUCAGCGGAGGAAUCAUCCGUUUUUCACAUUUAAGCUCGGAAUAAUCCGACUUUAAUCCUGAUUUUAAUGCAUUCAUGUAAAUGAAACACUGAUUUUAAUUUAUUUCAUCAUGGCGGCCGUUUAUCAUGGUGGCUCUCCAUCAUGGCAGCUGUUCAUAAUGGCGACUGUUCAUCAUGGCAGCUCUCCAUCAUGGCAGCUGUUCAUCAUGGCGGCCGUUCAUCAUGGCGGCUCUCCAUCAUGGCGGCUGUUCAUCAUGGCGGCUGUUCAUCUUGGCGGCUUUUCAUCAUGGCGGCUGUUCAUCAUGUCGGCUUUCCAUCAUGGCGAUUCUUCAUCGUGGCGGCUUUCCAUCAUGGCGGCUCUCCAUCAUGGCGGCUCUCCAUCAUGGCGGCUCUUCAUCAUGGCGGCUCUUCAUCAUGGCGGCUCUCCAUCAUGGCGGCUCUCCAUCAUGGCGGCUCUUCCUGGAGUUCUGAGGACUAAAAAAAUGAAGGAACUCAAACUAACAGCCGCUGAUCAACAGAUUCAUUCUGAAAUAACAUUUUAGUUCCUCUCAGCAGGUGGAGAAUCCACUGGUUCUGGUUCUGGUUCUGGUUCUGGUUCUGGUUCCCAGCAUGUAAACCCAGAGGAAUGUUAGCUUAGCGUUUUCUGCUCCGCGGCUGCAGUUCAGAGAUAAUAAUCCACGUUGAGUCACUGCUGCAUCUUGAUCUCCGUCAAAGGAGGAUCUUUAGGCUCAUCUGGACCCAAACGGGUCGGAUCCAGCAGAACUCUGAACAUCUAGACUUUAUUUAUGGAACGAGCCGGAAACAUGAAGCAACAGAAAUAAAAAUGGAGGAUGAUAGAAAGUCAGAUUUCAGCUCCAGAUCUUCUCCAUUUAGAUCCAUUUGGUUCGGUUCUGCUGUGGUUUUGUAGCAGCAGGUCUCAGGUAAACAGUGUUUAACCCGGUUCUGAGCUCUGUUAGAACUUAUUCUAAGCUGGUUCCAUGUGGUUCUGACCCAGUUCCUAGUUCCGCCUGUGUGUAUUUCUCAUGCUUAGAACCCAGAGUUAGCGAAUGUUAGCUGCUUCUUAUCGGAUCCGUAGUCUGAAGGGAUGUUCUGCUGGUUUUAGUUCAGAUCAGUGAUCCGUUUAGAACCAGGUCCGGAACCAGCUUCACUCCGGUUCCGAUCAUUUCAUGGAGAAUUAUGAAAAUUUUUAACAUUUCCUUCAUUUAAAAAUGACUGAAAAUGUAGAAGAAGGUAUGACCUCUGACCCCUUCCCUGUUGCUAAAUUUGACCUCUGACCCCUUCCAUGUUCCUGAGGUAUGACCUCUGACCCCUUCCCUGUUGCUAAAUUUGACCUCUGACCCCUUCCCUGUUCCUGAGGUAUGACCUCUGACCCCUUCCCUGUUGCUGAGGUAUGACCUUUGACCCCUUCCCUCUUCCUGAGGUUUGACCUUUGACCCCUUCCCUGUUCCUGAGGUUUAAACUCUGAUCCCUUCCCAGCAGUUCUGACUUCCUGGGCUCCCUGGAGGUUCUGACCCGUGGAUCCUCCUGCUGUCCUUUAGCUAACCCUCACCCUGCCUUCAUUUAUUCAUGGAUCAGCUAGAAGUCCUGCUUCCCAUCAUGGGUCCAGAACCAGGACUAGAACCAGAACCAGGACUAGAACCAGGACCAGUGGCUCUGGUCUGAAUGAUGGAUGCAGAGAAACCUGGAAGGUAGAACCUUAUAUUAACCUUUAGGUCCAGAGCGAUGGUCUGUGUAGGUUCUGGGUAGGAGCUGGUUCCCAGAACUCUUCCUCACAGGUUCUAGAAGGUUCUCCAUGUUACAGUUGCUGAUGUUCUGGGCUGUGAACUCAGAACCGGCUCUGAUGUUUUUUUAAGCUUUGUUAUUGGACUUUGUGGUCCGGAUCAUUUCUAUAGAACCAUGUUACUGCAGCGGUUCCCUGCUUGUUUGUGCUUCCUGUUAAUAAAUGUUUGUGUUCCUGA